AUGGCUCCCCAACCACCUCGUCUCAAAGUUCUCUCGGUUGGUGGUAAUGCUACAAGUGCAUUCAUGUCAUGGCGCCUACAGGCAACCAAUGCUUGCGAUGUGACACUGGUCUGGAAGAAUGGCUACGAUGCUGUUUCACAAUAUGGCAUUUCAUUCAAGUCCAAAUUGUUCGGAAAUGAGCGAUUCAAACCUCGUCAUGUGGUGAGGAGCCCUGAUGACGCUUCGGGUCGAAAAGGCGCCUUCGAUUAUGUUCUACUUUGCGUGAAAGCCCUACCCGACGUCUAUGAUCUCGCUUCGGUCAUAGAGUCCGUGGUCACACCUCAACACACCUGCAUCCUCGUCAAUACUUCACACACUUUGGGAAUCGAAUCUCAUAUAGAGCAAAGAUUUCCAACCAAUGUUGUCUUGUCCUUGGUGUCUGGAGCCGAGAUCGUGCAAUUAGGAGCUAGUGAAUUCGAACACAUGGGCGCCACGGAUGUCUGGGUUGGGCCUGCAAACAAGAAUGAGACUAUUCCACCCGUGAUCCAGAAGGAUAUGGCCGACGCUUUGGCAAUGACUUUGAACACUGGGCAAGUUGAUUGCCAAGUUUCCGAAAACAUCAGACAGCAGCAAUUCGAACGAGUCAUUGGUCCUAUCGCCUUUCAUCCAGCCAGCGUGUUGUUCGAAACACCGACGCAUUCUGAACUCAUCGAGAAAGUAGGGGUGCGUAGCAUGGUGACAGGUAUCAUAGAUGAGCUGCUGGAACUAGCAACCUCGCAAGGCUGCAUAUUUGGCCGAGAUUUUAAGCAGUCCACAAUCCAUAAGAUGACUCAACCACAGGACAGUACUAGCAUCAUGUAUCAGGACUUCGCCGCAAAGCGCCCGAUGGAGGUCGAGACGUAUCUUGGGUCUCCAAUCCAGUUGGCUCAGGAUACAAACAUAUGCUGCCCGAGAAUCGAAACCCUCUACGCCUUGAUGCACCAUUGUAACAUCGUCAACCAGCAAAAGCCGCUACCCACACCGGCACCAAAUGCGGGGGCUGGUCCUGUUCCGCCUCCUGCACGAACGUCGUCUAACGGCCCACCACCACCUCGCCCACCGAUGAACGGUGGUCCAAACGGCAUGAAUGGCAAUGGUGCUCGAGGUGGCCGAACGCCUUCCAUGGGUGGUCCCCCAAUGCGUCGCGGGGGAGGGCCGCCUAUGAACGGGUACCCUCCAAGACAUGCUAACGGUUACCCUCCGCGGGGUCCAUCCAGCCAACUGUCAAGACGCCCAUCCUUCGAGGGUGAGGAUCUAGGGGAGUUUAGUCACGUUGUGCUUUAUGGUGAUAUUCCUGAAGGUGGCGUAGCUCCGACCUAUGGUGAUAUGAGCAAUGGCGCCCCCAAUCCCUCGGACCUCGCUUUGCGUGAGCGAGAAUUGUCGCUUCGCCAACGAGAGCUGCAGUUAAGAGAGCAGGAAUACAGAAUGCGUCGUGGAGGUGGAAGAAGGCCAACCCCUUCAAGAGGGGGCUUCGAUGAUGACGAUGAUGACGACGACUUCUUUGAUCCAGCGGCCAACGGACCACCAAUGCAAAAUGUUGACCCUGAACAGAUUGACAUGAUGAGCGUCACCUCUCGCCGCAACCGGAGGAUGCCUAGCCAUAGCCAAAUACGACAAAACCCGGAAGGUAUGAUGGGUCGACCUGGUGGCAUGCGUCAAAGCUACGGCAGAGGAGGUUUCAACGGGCGGAAUCGAUCGUCGGCACAGCUAGUUGACAGCAGCAUGCCCAGCUUGCAUGAAAACCUUCUUGAGAAUCCAAUGAUGGGCUAUUCUUCCAAUAGAUAUGGCAAUGUUGAUAGGAGAGAGAUGGCUACCGAAUCUCGGACAAACUCAUUGACGGCAGCGCGGCUAAGUGAGCUGCAGGGAGCAGGUAACAACGCUGGCAUGAAUGGGGCAUACCCAAGUCCUUCGGUAGCACGGAGAACUAGCCAAUCUCCCGGCAACCCUUUCGCGGGGAGUAACAUGCGGAGAUCAUCACCACCAGAAGCGGGUUAUAUGGGUCCGGGUCCGAUGCAGCGCAAUGGAGGCCCGUCGCCUCCAAACAUGCGCCAGCCUGUCCCACGCCAUCCGCCGGGGCAAGGAAAUUCAGUCGCACCUCACCAGGUUGAACAAUACGCAGGGGGCCCUGUCCAAAAGACCGUACGUAGUCUGACUGGUAGUGCGAGCGCCAGCGCGGGGAGUGGCGAUAGUGCUCCUGCCGAUUCCGAUCCUUCCGCCCACAGCAGCCAAAGCAGCCUUGCACCCCGCCUCAACAACGCCCGCUAUCCUGUUGGACAGCAUGUCGGCGCCCAUUAG